GAGUCUCUGUAAAUAAUCCCUCCAGCAAGUAACAAUUUGAAGACGCAGUGUAAAGCUCACGUUCAAAAUGUCCAACCAAUUGUCCAUACCAUUCAAGAAGACGUCUCAAAUACCGAUUCGUCAGGCGGUACGGAGUUACAUUCAAGAGAACCUCCCGGACACGCAUCCAGAGGCUUUCAAGUGGGACAUCGAGCGAUGGGAGCAGCUACGAAGGGAUGCUACCUCCGAGAAGGUUCAUGCUUCGCAUACCCAAGCCAUAAUAAAAUACUGCGCACAGUUGGCCUUCAUUCUGACGAAACUACCUGUCGACAUUUCCCUAACGUUUCCAUAUUCUGUUGCGCUGAGACCUUCCGAGCGCUGGAUUGAAAUUUCAAACAUUGCAUACGAACGGGUUGCAAUGCUAUUCAAUCUCGCUGCACUCUACUCUCAAUUAGCGUCAGGGGAAGAUCGGUCGCAUGCAGAAGGCAUUAAACGAGCGAGCGCAUACUAUCAGAAUGCAGCCGGGACACUGUCCUAUUUGAUUACUUUCGCUCUCCCUGCAUUAGCCCAAUCCCUAGAUGGCAACGCCCGCAUUGACGAAUUAUCAGAGCCGUUUCUACGGAGCCUUGAGUUUCUAAUGUUAGCACAAGCCCAAGAAUGCGCCUGGCAGAGAGCUGUUAUCGAUCAUUAUAAGAAUGCUAUUGUUGCCAAACUGGCUGCGAAGGUAGCGUCGUAUUACCGGUUAUCUUCCAGCACUAUUCGAGAAUCGAGGGCAAGCGAGGCUUUUCCGUCGGAAUGGCUCGCCCAUAUAGACACGAAGCAUCAUCACUUUGAAUCUGCAGCUCAGUAUCGGAAGAGCGUAGAUGACCUCGAAUCAAAUAAUUACGGGCACGAGCUCUCCCGCUUGAUCGAAGCCAAGUCAAUUGCAAAGAAAGGGUACGAAAUAGCGAGGCGAGCCUACGUUUCUAGACCCGUGGUGGAUGACAUAAAGUCCCUUUUGGAUACCCUAGAGAAGAGUAUUGUUCGCGCCGAGCGUGAUAAUGAUCUCAUUUACCAUCAAGUUGUGCCACCGAUCUCCGCGGUUCCAUCAAUCCAAGACAUCUCAAUGGUGCAGAGUGCCGUACCUCCAGGCCUUCAAGACCCCAAAUCAGCUCUGGGCAACGAAGAUGUUAUAUUUGGCGAGCUUGUUGGUUGGGGGGCUAAGGUCGCAGUUGAGAUAUACCGAGAUAGGGUACAGAAUUGGCUACAGGAAGAGGUGUUCAAUCGAGUGAUGGAGCUCGACGACUUUGCCGAUCAUAUGUUGCAAGAGCUCAGCCUCCCCGCAUCCCUCGAGGCUCUUGACAAGCCCGUCGGGCUCCCGCCAAGCCUCCUCAGGAAGGCGGAGGAAGUGCGGCUUGAAGAUGGACCGGCACGCAUUGACGGCUCAAUUGAGAAUGCCGAGCAUCUCUCUGAGCGCUGUAGGGAAAUUCUUGACGAAGCAAUGGAUAUAUUAGACCAAGAGGCUUCCGAGGACGAAGGCGUACGAAAGAAUGUGACGAGGGAGGGAAGACGAUGGGAUCGCUUACCGUCUUACCAAGCGAAUAUUGGCCUUACGGAGAAAGAGAAGAGGUAUCGGCAGAUGCUUGACCAGGCUGCCGAAGCUGAUGACACUGUACGCUCCAAGUGGGAACAAUGGGAGGAGCCGAUCACACGGUUGACUUGGGACGAGAACGACCUUGAGCGAUGGGUACCAUCAUCGACGUCGUUCCCAGAAAACCGGAGGAAAGACGCUGCGAAUGCGCAUACACAGACACACGCACGAGCACUUCGCGCACAUCUUGAAACUUUGGACGAUCUUCGUUCCUCUCGAGCACAGUUGGUCCAGCGAGCACGGCGACUCGCUGAUGGAGACGAUAUCCAGCCCCGCAUAAUGCGUGAAGCUGCUGCUUUCGAGCGAUGGAGGGAAGUUGAGCCGGUUAUGUUUGAGAAUACGCUUGAUCAGGAGAUGAAUAAGUAUGAGAGGUUUAAGGAUGGCGUUGAGGAAAGUGCGGAUAAGCAAGUUGAAUUGAGUGACUUAAUCCGGUCUCGCCAUGAACAGUUCAUUCGUUCGCGUCUGGACGAUCCCUCUAUCAAAGAACGAGAACAUGCUUUACAGUCGCUUGAUUUGGCCUAUCACAAAUAUCGCGAGAUUAUACGAAAUCUUGAAGAAGGCCUUAAAUUUUACAACGACCUCUUAAUUAUCCUGACUCGCUUCAGGGAAGCCUGCAAAGAGUGGGUGCGCUUACGACGUGACGAGAUGCGAACGUUGUCUCUGAACCUUGAUGGCUUGCGCAUUGAUGAAGACAAUUUACCGACUCCAAAAGCUAGUUCUGGAUCACUUCACCCUGUAGAGAAAUCCCAUUCGAAAGGGAAAGCGCCAGAUAUCCACCUUCCUCCACCUGAUUCUGAUGAAUGGGAGGCUACGCCUAUGCCUGCGCAGUCAUCUGUGUAUAACGCAGCGGCGGCGAGGAGGUAGCUGUUUUCAUUCGACGUUGAUUCGAGAAAAUGUAUUAGGGGUGUCAUGACUCUCGACACUUCAUACUUGAUCCAUGCGACAUCCGCGUGGCUCUCCGUGCUCUGCCUAAGGAUGCACACAUCAUGCUAACUCACACAUCGCAACGCC